UUCGCUCGGGAAGGCGAGGACGGAACGGUAGUUUACAGAAAGUGGUUGCUACUGCACGGCAACAGAGCUGAUCUGGGUCGAACGGCUACAAGACGUCACAAUGGAGAUUCAUUCGAGGAAUUCCCUUACUACGGAAACGGAAGCAUCUGGAGCGUGUUAGUUACAACGGGAGAUGAAGAUGUAUGGCGCGAGCGCUCAUGAUUUAACGGUGUAAAUAGUCUAUGGGGGAGUCUGUCUGUGGGGCGGACACGUGUUAUGUCUGGAGAAGAGAGAGACAACCUUGUUCCGCGCUGACGGCUCCGUUGAAACCCCUCUAUCUAACCUGGGCAGUAACGCAUGACAGACAGACAGAUAGAGAGAGAGCAUUGGUUCAGUCUUCCACGCUAGCUGGAGGAGGCACAGAGAGGAGGCAUCUAUCUACGUCUAUCCAAGUUGCUCAGCAGCUCCGUGAAGCACAAUGCCCUCGUAGGAGCUGAUAUGCAGACGCGUUGUGUAGGAGACUCGGGAAAAGGGCGUUGAAUAAAGUGCCUCUCCACUCCCCAGUCCCUUCACCCCUCGCCAGACAUGACGGGUCAGAGCCUGGAGGAGCUGACAGCAGCCUAUGAGGAUCACACCGUGCGCAUCAAUGUGGGAGGGUUCAAGAAGAGGCUGUUCUCCAACACUCUGUCUCGCUUCCCGGAGACCCGUCUGGCUCGGCUGCUACACUGCCAAUCAAAAGAGUCCAUACUGGAACUCUGCGACGACUACGACGACACGGAAAAGGAGUUUUAUUUCGAUAGGAACCCGGCUCUCUUCCCUUACGUGGUGAAUUUCUACAACACUGGGAAGCUCCACGUCAUGGCAGAGUUGUGCAUCUUCUCCUUCAGCCAGGAGAUAGAGUACUGGGGCAUCAAUGAAUUCUUCAUCGACUCGUGUUGCAGCGGUGCCUACCACUGCCGAAAGAUGGAUCCUAACCGCGGGGAGGACUGGGACGACUGCCGGAGCGACGAGGGCAGCACCACGUCAUCGUUCGACGAGAUUCUAGAGUUCUAUAACGACGCCACGAAGUUCGAUAAGCAGCCGUUGGGGAGCGUCCGUAGGCGGAUCUGGUUGAUCCUGGAUAACCCGGGGUACUCCGUCGCCAGCCGAGUCAUCAGUAUCCUCUCUGUCCUGGUCGUGUUGGGUUCCAUAACCGCCAUGUGCAUGAACAGCAUGGCCGAGUUCACCCUGGUGGACAGGGAGGGGACGCCUCACGAGGACCCCAGGUUUGAAACGGUGGAACACGUUGGUAUCGGCUGGUUCACCUUGGAGCUGGUGGCCCGGUUCACAGUUGCCCCAGAUCUUAUCCAUUUCUUCAAGCAUCCGUUGAACUUAAUAGACCUCGUGUCGAUAUUACCGUUCUACCUGACGCUCGUCAUCGACCUGGUGGCCGAGAGCAGCCCGGCGUUGGCCAAUCUGGGGCGCGUGGCACAGGUGCUACGGCUGACGAGGAUCUUCCGUAUCCUGAAGCUGGCGCGUCACUCCACGGGGCUGCGCUCUCUGGGCGCCACGCUGAGAAACAGCUACAAGGAGGUGGGGUUGCUACCCUACCUGGCGGUGGGCGUGUCUUUCUUCUCUGUCAUGGCCUACACCGUGGAGAAGGACAGCGAGGACUUCUCUACCGUCCCAGCAUGCUGGUGGUGGGCCACGGUGAGCAUGACCACGGUGGGGUACGGAGACGUGGUCCCGGUGUCUAUAGCCGGCAAGAUGACCGCCUCGGCCUGUAUCCUGGCAGGCAUCCUGGUGGUUGUGCUUCCCAUCACGCUCAUAUUCAACAAGUUCUCUCUCUUCUACAAGAGGCAGAAACAGCUAGAGAUCGCUAUGCGCAGCUGUGACUUCGACCAGGAGAUCAAAGAAAACCUUCCCUCUGUCAAUCUGAGGAACUACUAUGCACACAAGGUGAAAUCUCUCAUGGCCAGUCUGUCCAAUAUCAACCGGAGUUUGCCCAGUGAACACAGUCUGAACGAGAUGUCAAUACAUUAAGGUCUGUGGAUCAACAGACUGCCCCCCCCCCCGCUGGCCUUAUAAGGAAGGACGUGACCGAAGGAGAGGAGAAACAUGGUGCAAGAGGUAGCGCUGUUUCUGUGUAGCCCUUGUUGUUGAAUAGAGCUACAUGGGAAGCUGAAGUUUAGUUUGACUGACAGGCGAGGGAGUGGGCGGGCCAACCAACAUCACAACCUUUCUAUUGGGAGAAAUCUCAUCGAAUCCUCUCUCUCUCUUUUACAUUCUUUUCAAAUCCCAUUGGAUGAGAAGGCCAGAGGUCUUCAAAGAAAAACAAUGGAGAUUCUCCCAACGAUUCCUCUUCCACCUUUUCAUUCACCUCAAGUGUUUUAACUGUGUAGGAGCCGACAGUCUGACAACACCAUCUAGUGCUGUGGUGUGUGUUGGGGUCUAUUCAUUACGACGGCCAUUAAAAAGUCUUCAAUAAAGGACACAGUGCAGGACAAGUCACAACCUUAGGACAUGGGGCUUCAUCACUAGGGGUCAACCCUAGGACAUGGGGCUUCAUCACUAGGGGUCAACCCUAGGACAUGGGGCUUCAUCACUAGGGGUCAACCCUAGGACAUGGGGCUUCAUCACUAGGGGUCAACCCUAGGACAUGGGCUUCAUCACUAGGGGUCAACCCUAGGACAUGGGGCUUCAUCACUAGGGGUCAACCCUAGGACAUGGGGCUUCAUCACUAGGGGUCAACCCUAGGACAUGGGCUUCAUCACUAGGGGUCAACCUUAAGACAUGGGGCUUCAUCACUAGGGGUCAACCCUAGGACAUGGGGCUUCAUCACUAGGGGUCAACCCUAGGACAUGGGGUUCAUCACUAGUCACUAGGGGUCAACCCUAGACCAUGGGGUUCAUCACUAGUUACUAGGGGUCAACCCUAGGACAUGGGGUAAAUCACUAGGGGUCAACCCUAGGACAUGGGGUUCAUCACUAGGGGUUAACCCUAGGACAUCACUAGGGGUCAACCCGAGGACAUGGGCUUCAUCACUAGUCACUAGGGGUCAACCCUAGGACAUGGGCUUCAUCACUAGUCACUAGGGGUCAACCCUAGGCCAUGGGCUUCAUCAUUAGGGGUCAACCCUAGGUCAUGGACUUCAUCACUAGGGGUCAACCCUAGACCAUGGGGUUCAUCACUAGUCACUAGGGGUCAACCCUAGGCCAUGGACAUCAUCACUAGGGGUCAACCCUAGACCAUGGGGUUCACUAGUCACUAGGGGUCAACCCUAGGCCAUGGACCCUAGACCAUGGGGUUCACUAGUCACUAGGGGUCAACCCUAGGCCAUGGACUUCAUCACUAGGGGUCAACCCUAGACCAUGGACUUCAUCACUAGUCACUAAGUGUCCUCUAAAGUUUAGUCAUUGUGAUUUUGUCCAAAGUAGAGCUUUUCUCAUGUUCUCCUGUUAUGAGGUACUGUUGAUGUGUAACUGUUGUACUGCAAUGAGAUGAUCAAUACAAGAUGAGAUACCUUCGGAUGUCUAGAAUCCCAUAUUAAAGACCAAUACAUGUUGAUACCUUCAGAUGUCUAGAAUCCCAUAUUAAAGACCAAUACAUGUAGAUGAGAUACCUUCGGAUGUCUAGAAUCCCAUAUUAAAGACCAAUACAUGUAGAUGAGAUACCUUCAGAUGUCUAGAAUCCCAUAUUAAAGACCAAUACAUGUUGAUA